CAGAGAUAGGCACUGGGCGAGUUGGAAUGCUGCGGCCCGCCAGUGGGAGAGGUCGAGCCAGAUCCCGAAACGGAGGGUGUGUGAUUGUGGGGAUUUGUGCCCUCGGAUCAGAGGAUCGUCUUCUCCUUUCUGGCCCUUCUUUACUCCCGAAAUAGUGAUUUGGGCUGAGUAAAGCUUCUGUUUGAUAAUAUCUAACACGGUUAAUCUCUGAUUUGUAACUUACGCCGAUACUUACGUGUCUGGCGCCCCUCUUUUAAUCCGUACAGCAAUCGUAUGAGGUUGGAGCUUUUAACCCUGUUUAGCAGAUGUGGAAAAGAAUACUGGUUCUAUUUAAGGAUUUUAGUUCAACAGUGGUGUUGGUGCGUUGGGCCGCCAGGGAAGGUGGUGCCUGUUUAGAAUCGUAAAGAAUAGUUCUAGAGUUUGAAAGAGUCUAUCUUGAUAAUCUCCCCAGUGCAUCCAUGUAUGAGCGCAGUUACAUGCAUAGAGAUGUUAUCACCCAUGUGGUAUGCACCAAGACAGACUUUAUUAUUACUGCCAGCCAUGAUGGACAUGUUAAAUUCUGGAAAAAAAUAGAAGAGGGAAUUGAAUUUGUUAAACAUUUUCGUAGUCACCUAGGAGUUAUUGAGAGUAUUGCAGUUAGCUCUGAGGGAGCAUUAUUCUGUUCCGUGGGUGAUGAUAAAGCAAUGAAGGUGUUUGAUGUAGUGAACUUUGACAUGAUCAAUAUGCUGAAGCUUGGCUAUUUUCCUGGACAGUGUGAGUGGAUCUAUUGCCCAGGGGAUGCCAUAUCUUCAGUUGCUGCUUCUGAGAAGAGUACAGGAAAAAUUUUCAUUUAUGAUGGUCGAGGAGAUAACCAGCCACUACAUAUUUUUGACAAACUCCAUACGUCACCUCUUACUCAGAUACGCCUAAACCCAGUUUACAAAGCAGUAGUAUCUUCUGACAAAUCUGGAAUGAUUGAAUACUGGACCGGACCUCCUCAUGAAUAUAAAUUCCCCAAAAAUGUGAACUGGGAAUAUAAAACUGACACAGAUUUAUAUGAAUUUGCCAAGUGCAAGGCUUAUCCUACCAGCAUAUGUUUUUCACCUGAUGGGAAGAAAAUAGCUACUAUUGGUUCUGAUAGAAAAGUUAGAAUUUUCAGAUUUUUAACUGGAAAACUCAUGAGAGUCUUUGACGAAUCACUAAGUAUGUUUACUGAACUGCAGCAGAUGAGGCAACAGCUACCAGACAUGGAAUUUGGCCGACGAAUGGCUGUAGAACGUGAAUUGGAAAAGGUGGAUGCAGUAAGAUUAAUUAAUAUAGUUUUUGAUGAAACUGGACACUUUGUGCUAUAUGGAACAAUGCUGGGCAUUAAAGUUAUAAAUGUAGAAACAAACCGGUGUGUGCGGAUCUUAGGCAAGCAAGAAAAUAUUAGAGUGAUGCAAUUGGCGUUGUUCCAGGGAAUAGCCAAAAAACAUCGUGCUGCAACUACUAUAGAAAUGAAAGCUUCUGAAAACCCUGUUCUUCAGAAUAUUCAAGCUGACCCAACAAUAGUCUGUACAUCUUUCAAAAAGAACAGAUUUUAUAUGUUUACUAAACGAGAACCAGAAGAUACAAAAAGUGCAGAUUCUGACCGAGAUGUUUUUAACGAGAAACCUUCUAAAGAAGAAGUCAUGGCAGCUACUCAAGCUGAGGGACCCAAACGAGUGUCAGAUAGUGCCAUUAUCCACACAAGCAUGGGAGACAUUCACAUCAAACUUUUUCCUGUUGAGUGCCCUAAGACAGUGGAAAACUUCUGUGUUCACAGCAGAAAUGGUUAUUAUAAUGGACAUACAUUUCACCGCAUAAUUAAGGGCUUCAUGAUUCAGACAGGCGAUCCAACAGGUACUGGUAUGGGAGGAGAAAGCAUAUGGGGAGGAGAAUUUGAAGAUGAAUUCCAUUCAACAUUACGACAUGACAGACCAUAUACACUCAGCAUGGCCAACGCUGGAUCGAAUACUAAUGGAUCCCAGUUUUUCAUAACAGUAGUACCAACACCUUGGCUUGAUAAUAAGCACACAGUGUUUGGACGAGUGACUAAAGGAAUGGAAGUUGUACAAAGGAUCUCCAACGUCAAAGUCAAUCCCAAAACAGAUAAGCCCUAUGAGGAUGUCAGCAUCAUAAAUAUUACUGUCAAGUAAAAUAAGAUUUCUCUCAUUGUCUUUGUAAAUAAAAAUACACAUAUAUUAAACACAGGAUUAUUUUUCAUAAGGAAGCUCUUAAGAGUUGCUCAACAUACAAAUCAUGUUUCAAGGAUGCAGUAUUUUUAUAUUUUUCAUUAAAGGCCAUUUUUUAAAAACUCUG